AUGACUGAUAACAUGCCUCCCUCCGCUCCGACGGAUCAACCCCAAUUCGGCGCUCCCGUCAACGCCGGACAAGCUCCCAGAGUUUCGAAUCCCAACUCCACCAUGGGCGACACCAAUGGCGCUAAUACCCCGAUCGCGGACCUUUCGAGUGCUGCGGCGGCGCAGGUUCGACCCGGCGGUGCGCCUGCUCGUGUGUAUCUGAAUGAGAAUAUUGUACCGCAUUUGUUGGAAGGGAUGAAGUCCGUGGCAAAAGAUCAGCCGGUAAAUCCAUUGCGUGUGCUUGGAGAAUUCUUGAUCCAAAAGAGCAAUGAGCUCGAGAGUGAUGCGAAGAAAGAUACUGAGUAG